AUGUCCUAUGCUGUGAAUUCUGUUUGUCAAUACAUGCCUGCACCUACUGAUGCACACUUUCAUUUGGUAAAGAGAAUACUUAGAUAUGUGCAAGGUACCUUUAAUUAUGGCAUUAGCUUUACCACUGGUCCUUGGGAAUUAUCUGUCUACAGUGAUGCAGACUGGGCAAUGGACAUUAAUACAAGGAGGUCUAACACUGGAUUUGUAGUAUUCUUGGGUAACAAUCUAGUUUCAUGGCAGUUUAAGAAACAAAGCUCCGUGUCUAGGAGUUCUAUAAAAGCAGAGUAUAAAGCCUUGGCCAAUACUUCUACAAACCUUGCUUGGGUGAGACAAGUGAGACAAGUGUUACAAGAUUUGAAAAUUUAUCUGCCUCAGCCUCCUAUGAUUCAUUGUGACAACUUAUCAGCAUUAACUCUUAGCUCAAAUCCUGUUUAUCAUUCAAGGAUUAAGCAUCUAGACAUUGAUUUUCAAUUUGUGCAGGAAAAGGUGCAAAAGAAAGACUUAAUUGUUCAGUAUGUACCUAUAGAAGAGUAG